CUAAACACGGAGGAGCUCAGGCUGCAGCAGCCAAGCAGCAGCGGAAGAAAUGAAGCCAGCACGUUCAUGAUUACCAAUAAACCGGCGCCCUGUCGCUGAGGUGGUGUUCAGGCGUCGAGGAUCUCCGACACAAUGAGAUGAAAGGAGAGAGGAGGAGCGCUGGAGGGGGAUGCGGAGGAUGCAGAGGAGAGGGGGCUUGUGGUCUCGGCCUGGCUGGCGUCUGCUGAGCGCCGCCGUCUCCAGAGAGCGUUCCUUGGUUUUGUCUUUGGGAGACCGGGGUGCCUGAUGGCAGUGUGAAUCCUCUUCACGGGUCAAACAAGAGGUGAAACCACAGAUGAAAACGAUGUCUGACGAGACAGAGCAGAGAAUGUGUGACGAGGACUUUUGCUCGGACGAGGAGGGCGAGGAGGCGGACGUGGAGUCUUACUUGGAGGACAACAGCAGCGAGCUUAUGGACCGCCUGAAAGAGUUGGAGGCAGAAAAUUCCUCCUUGAUGCUGGCCAAUGAGAGUCAGAGAGAAGCGUACGAGAGAUGCUUGGAUGAGGUGGCCAACCAUGUAGUCCAAGCUCUGCUAAAUCAGAAGGAUCUGAGGGAAGAAUGCAUCAAGUUGAAGAUGUUGGUGUUUGACCUAGAGAGACAGAACCGAGCACUUUGUGAGCUUUUUCAGCAGAAGCUGCCCAAUCAUCCUACUGCUCACUACCAGGUCCAGGCAGGACCCCUCCCAGACUACAAUGCACAGCUGCACAAUGACUCUGCCAAGCAUUUGGAGGCCGCUCAGACUGAAGCACAAGCCAAGGGAAACGGCUUCCGCGCUCAACACUCCUCUCCUGGCCACCGAGGUCCCGCCGCCUCCAUGGAGGCUCUUUCUCCCUUCUUCAAGAAGAAAGCACACAUUCUGGAGGUCCUGCGCAAGAUGGAGGAGACGGACCCUCUCAAGUUUCACCCGACCACCACGAGCUUGUCUUUCUGCGACUACAGCCAGGUGCUAAUGUCCACCGAGGCCGUCCUGGCCUCGGCGGACCCCCUGCAGGGCAAAUCCCACCACUUGCACUGCCACUGCUCGCGCACUGACGUCGACACACUCCAACAUGUCAACGGUGACGGGGCGGCGAAGUGCGAGGGGGGAAACACCUGCUGUCUGCACUGCAAGAGGAGCCCAGACGGACCUCCAAAGACAUGCGCUCACCCCUGCCCUGCACCCGCCGCCACCCAAAACCACGGUGCUCCUGCAGCUGCUACGAAUGAAUGUCACAGUAAAAGCCGAACAACGGAAUCCGUCUCGGUCUCGCCGUCUAAACAAAGCACCAAGAAUGACGUCCAGCAGCCACCAGAAUGCGGCGCAGACACCGGCAGUGUGAGCGUGGAGGAUGUAGAGCAGAAGCAUAACAGUGAAGAACUCACUGACUUCUUUCCCGCCCCUCAUGUUCCUGCUUUGGAGGUGGUCCCCGCCUGUGACUCCAGUGAGGACCCUCUCUGCUCCGUUCCCGAGAAGGAUUGUGCGGAUCUUCCGGCUACCGAUGUGAGAGCCGGCUCCUCCGUCAGCCCGAGCUCCUCCUGCCUCAGUGACGUGAAAGCCGCCGCCAUCAACUCGCCAUCCAAACUGCUUAAGUUCCUGAAGAUCCCAUCCAUAAGCGAGAAGUGUCAGACCUCCAACCCCGCCGUCCGUCUUAGCCCCCAACUCACACGCAGCUCCAGGAUCCCCUGUCGCACCAACAACUACGAGGUGUACCACUCUCCCGUCCCCACCCGCAGAGCCACCACCACUGAGCGGUGCAGGCAGCCGCCGCCCCCGCCCACGAGGUCUGAGUCUUACCCUGCCACGCACUCUGCACCGACCUCUCCGCCGCAGCCUGAGGACGCCUGCUCCUCCCCGCCGCCUAAAGAUGAAGCUUAUGGCCGCUUCCCCGCACCCAAAGCCACCUCUAAAAUGGCCGCUCCCUCGUCCACAUCCUCUUUUAAAGUAUGUCAGAAUAUACCACAUUACCAAAACAUUUGUCAAGUGUCCUCCAACUCUGGAGAGGAGGAGCCCACACACGCUCCGGAGAAAGGAACCACUCUUCCAGCUCAAGCGAAAGCAAACGGUGGUGAAAGAAAGCUUGUGAAAUCACUUCCUGAGAGCGUCCUCGCCACGUUUCCUCAGCGAAAGCAGUCAUCCUCCUCUUCCUUCGAGAUGACAUCAGACGAUGAAGAUGACGAAGACAGUCUGGUGUGGGUGAACCAUCACAGCAUGGCUAAUGCUAAUGCUAAGCUUAACCCCUCCCUAACCCGAGAGGAGGCCACAGAGCAGAGCUCUGAGCACGCUCAGAUGUCACAAGCGCCGCCGCCACCGCCACCGCCUUUGACCAGAAGAGGUGACUCAUCUUCCAUCCCGAAGAGGCCGGCGACAGGACCCUCGAGGUCUCAGGGUGAUUCCAGUCACCACGCCUUCAAGGACAGGCUGGCAGCGCUGGGCAAGCUGCGUAGCUCCGAGGACCUCCAAGCGGGUUUAGGAGGCGUCGACGCUGUGAACGAGACCGCUGAGGAAAAAAGCCAAACAGCGGCGCUCCACAAGGAGGAGCAGAGACAUUCUAAGUUCUCGGACUCUUCGGAUGGGAAAUCAAGAGGGAGCAGCGGCGGGUUGAAGUACACCUCUCAGCUCUCUCCCUCGCCCGCCCUUUGUGUGGGCAAGACGGAAAGUUCCAAGAGCAAACUCGGUCUACCAUCGCCGAACACAGACGCUCCUCAAGUAUUACGCAACAACAUCAAGUGUCCCAGCUCGCUCAACCUGGCAUAUAAUGUGAAGGGGAGCAGCAGCCCCAACAAGGUACCCCCCAAGUCACCGUCCAAACCUUCCCAGGGUUCGUCCGCCCACAGAGCGGCUAAGCCUCCCGACGUCCCUCGUUACUCCUCCAAGUCAGAAGAAAGAACCAAAAUGAGCGGGAGAGGUAAAAAGAACCCCAUGUAUGGAGACAGCCUCCCGCCGCCUCCGCCCAGACCCCCUGUGUCUGAGGGCGACAAGCCGCUGCCUCCGCCGCCGGUCCCCAGCCCACAGUCGGCCAUCGAGCAGAAGGUGAUGAAGGGCAUUGAGGAGAACAUGCUGAAGCUGCAGGAGCAGGACAGAGGUCAGGGCCAGGGCGGUGAGGUCAAGCAGAAGGCGUCCAACGGCAUCGCCAGCUGGUUCGGCCGCAAGAAGAGCAAGCUGCCCGCCCUGAGCCGCAAGGCCGACGCCCCCAAGGCGAAGGACGAGAAGAGAGAGUGGAAGAUAAACAUCCCGUCGGUGAACAAGGACUCUGUGAAGUUGGCCAGCAGAUGUAAGGAGGGCGUGGAAGGACUGAACAUCUCCACGCUGAUGGAGAAGGCCGAGGGACUGAGGAGGGCGCUGGAGGAGGAGAGGGCGUACGUGGAGAGGUCGGGGAGGGGUCAUUCCUGUGAGGUGGUGAUGGACCAGACUCAGGGACAGCUAGCCGUCAUGUACAGAGGAGGACGAUCGGACAACUUUAUGCAACAGCUGCUGAACAGGGUGGACGGCAAGGAGCCCAUUUUAAUGCCACAGCGGCGGCUCUCGUUCGACUGUAAGACGUCCAGACCGGUCUUCAGUCAGCACAGCGACAUCAUUGGCGUUGUAGACGUAGAAAAGGCAUCAGACCGACUCGGUAAAAUCACAUCAGACGAGAACCUCACAGACUCAGUUCACUCCCAACACUUCGCUGCAGGAUCUGGUGCUUCCACUUACACUCUGGACAGCGGAAUUGGCACGUUCCCUCUACCCGACUGCAGCAGCGGCGCGGCUAGCCGGGGCCCGGCCAGGACGAGGGCCGAGCACCACCAUCCUUCUGGUUCCCCGGGGAAGGGCGGGCGAAGGGCCCGUACUUUGGACAGGGAGCCUACGCCUCAGGAGGAGAGCUGCACGCCGCACAAGCAGCUGAUUCCCAGCAUGCAGCACAGCUCCAAGAUGGAGGGAAGAGGCUCGGCCGGCCUCAUCCGCGAAGACAAAGACGCUCAUGGAGCCAACAUGUUUUCUCCUCGCUCCAAGACUUGGACUUUCCCCAACCUGAAGGCUCCAGCAGGACCAGCGGAGGUGUACUUGGCUGUGGAAGAGGAGGAAGAGGAGGUGGUGUCCUUCGGCACGCCCUUCAGAGCAAGCUUGAAGGCCAGCGCUCCGUCCUCCAGCCGUGUGGUGGACCCAGGCAGCUUGCCCGUCCCGGUCCAGUCUGGAAUGUCUCGCAGGGGGAAGACUCGCACGCCCAGCGUUCCCGAGAUGAGCCGAGAGGCCGGGCUGGAGCUGCUCAGGGAGCGGCCUGAGGAGGCGCUGUCCCCGAGCCGCCCGCAGGUUCUGGAGACGCCCGAGUCCCUCAGCGACUCUUUGUACGACAGUCUGUCAUCGUGCGGCAGCCAAGGAUGAUGCAAACAGACUGGAGAAGUCCACUCUCAUCCUGAUCCAGCAACAUGCAGUCAUCUGGCAGGAAAGGAACCUUACAAGGAGGUGAUGACUCCGCCUUGAUAGCUGCUUUGCAGCAAAAAGGAUCAAUGUGACUUCUCCUCAGGAUUUCCCGACAAAGUGAAACCAAAACCACCAGAUGAUGGUCGUUGACCUCUGUGCAAGGUGGACUCGUGUACAGGACUCCAAACGCAUGGCCAAGCUAACAAUAGCACAAAUGUCAUCCCGCUAGAUAGUGAGCAACAUGUCUGUUCUCUCCCAUCCUGGUUCCUUUAUGUUCACAUCCUUUUUUUUUUUUUUAAUUUAAUGUGGCAGUUCAAAAAAGUAAACAAAAGAGAAUGUUAAUUUUUUAAAUUGCUAAAAACGGUCACAUUUUUUGUGUAAAUGAAAAUGAUUUUAUCAAUCAUGUUGAUACUGUUUUGCGACCAUGAAGGUUGUCAGAAAAAUGUCUGUUUAAAACCUAAUGCAUUUAAAAAGGUAAUAUAUACCAGCAAUAAUAACAUAGAAAGAGAAAUGGCUACACUAUUCAAUGAAUAUGUAUUUGUAUUAUUUAUUUCAAAUGUAUAUCAUUCUCAUCUUUUUGUCCUUUCUUUGAAAAUGGACAUGUCCUCGCUUAGAUGAUGUUCAUUUCAACAUGUGUUGCUGUUUGUCGCCUAGAUGGUAGAUCCUCUGUACGUACUGCCGUUUUUCAACUUUAUAAUUAAAAAGGUUUUCAUUUGAUCUGCA